GAAAAAAUAAUCAGCAAAAAUAGCAAACGAGGGUAAGAAAAUAAAUAAAACUAAUGAGCAAGAGAACGAACGAAGGAAAGACUAGACAGACCAAUAAAAAAAAAGGAAAAGAAAGAAACCGCAAGGAAAAGGAAGGAUGGAUGGGGAAGGAAAACUCGACUCAGAUCGUCUACACGUCAGCAGACAGGCGCGGGGCUUCCUGGCGAGGGGCGGGGCGGGCACGGAGGACUGGCUAACUGUUAUCCUCUCGCUCGCCUUCCUGCCCGUCCCAGUCACCCAUCCAACCCUCCUACGAGAUCGAGGGAGCAUGAACGGCACCAAGGGAGUAUAGAAGACGUUGGCAAGGAAUUACACGACUACAGAAAGAGAGAGUAAGAACAACGCAAGACUACAAAAUAAUAGGCAAAAAAAUGUGACUGGAAAUAAGAAAGGAAGGAAAUUGAAUUGUUAGAUCAGAAAAAAAAGCGAAGUGUUCAAUAAAGUGCACUAGAAAAAUAUAAAUGAAAGUGACUGCACGAUUAGAUUUAUAAAGGAAAAUAAAGUGUACGAAAUUAUAUAAAACAGAAAACAAGAACUAAACUACCUACUGGAAAAAAAAUCAAGGAAUUAAGAGAGAAAAUGGUACCCUAAAAGAAGAAAAGUUGAUCAAUAGAAAAUAAAAUUAAAAAAGAAGAGAAAAUCAAAAAGAAAACUGAACAAACCUAAAAAAAAGAAAAGAAAAAUAGAAGAAAACGUUAUGCUACCCUAAAAGAAUAAAAAUAAUUGACUGAAUCCCACUCACAAUGAACUGAAUCAACCCCAUGAACACGACACACCAUAUACAAAACGACAACUUAUCAAAAACACGAAAACACGAGGUAAUGUAAAAGACGGAAAGGAAGGGAAAAUAACGAAAGGAAGGAAGGAAGACACGAAGAAGGGAGGCGUUGGUUAUGGCACGUAUCCACUGCAAAAUGAGUCCCCUGGCAGUAUAUCUCAUUGUGUUAGCCUUCUACAGCGCCUUUAUGAUGCUGGCCUGUCUUAACGUAUCACUGGAGGAGGAGGAGGACGUUAGGGAACCGAUAAGGACCAAACUGGCGGCCCUGCAGAUAGGGGAGGAGAUGGGGAUGGAGUAUAAAGAUGAGGUGGAGGAAGAGGAGGAGGCAAGGAGCGUGAGGAACAAGAUAAAUGGAAGGGCACAACACAGCAGGUCGUGGCUGAGGACUGUGGACGACUUCUACACACGCGCGGGGACCCUCGAGACGAAGUGCACAAAGACGGUAUCCUUCGGGGGGACCUACUGCAGGGGCGCCAAGGACAACAACAAGGUGGUGUGCAUGGACGAGGAUGUGGCUCUAAUCCCCAAGCACUGCACCGCCUACUCCUUCGGGAUAGGCUCAGACGCCACCUUCGACGACCAGAUGGCUCGCUACGGAUGUGACGUCUUCAUGUUCGACCCGUCAGUCAGCAAGGGCCCCAUCGAGUCGUCCAACCUGGCUAGACAAACCUUCAACCUGCUGGGCCUCGACGUGUCUACCUACAACCGCACGCACCGCCUGGAGUACGUGGAGGACGGGAGGACCGAGGACGUGGUGGGGACGUACGACACUUACGACAACAUACGACGAUACCUUGGUCACGAGUCCCGGCCCGUCCACUACCUCAAGCUGGACAUCGAGAACACUGAGUGGCGCGUGCUGCCCUACCUGAUGGAGAACUCCCGGUUGGCAGGAGUGAAGCAGCUGGCGAUUGAGGUGCACACGAUGGGCAUACUGUACGCGCCGCAACACAAGGUACUGGACAUGCUAUACAAGUUCUGGGAGAUCCUUGAAGGGCUCACACGCCUGGGGUUCCUAAGAGCAUGGUACCGGCCCAACCUCGUCCUCGAAUCUCUGUACAAAGUGCCGGGCCAGAACAGGAGCAUCGCCACGUGCUUCGAGGUGCUCUACCUGCGCCGCGGACCUGUUUAUUGAGGCUACUCUUGUGGGGGGUUGAUGAGGAUGCCUGUGUGGGUGGUUCUAUAUAUCUACCUGGUGUGUGUGUUAGGGGGAAGGGAGGGUUGGGUGGUAGUGAUGGUGAUACAUAUAAAGUACUGGAAUAAUUAUGAUCAGGAAGUGUUAUAUAUUGGUUUACAGUCCUACUGCUUGUUCUCGUUCUUCUUCUUGUUCUUAUUUUCCUUUUAUUUUUUUUCCUUAUAUUUUUCUUUUUUUCUUUUUUCCUUCUUCUUCUUCUUCUUCUUCUUCUUCUUCUUCUUCUUCUUCUUCUUCUUCUUCUACUUCUCGUCCUCCAUCAUGAAUGGGAAACCUCUGCAGGCGAUGCAGGAGGAAAAGGAUCUUGGAGUCACUAUCAGCAGUGACCUGAAACACGCGAAUCACUGUAAAAAAGCAUACAACAAAGCCAACACUAUGCUCGGGUUCAUAGCGAGGAACUUCGAGUGUAAAACACCAGACGUGAUGCUAUCCUUGUAUAAUUCCAUGGUAAGACCGCACCUCGAGUAUGCAGUACAGUUCUGGUCUCCUAAUUACAGAAAGGACAUUGCUUUACUGGAAAGGAUUCAACGACGCGCCACAAAGAUGAUUCCAACCUUAAGGGCUCAAUCGUACGAGGAGCGACUCAAGCGACUCAAUCUCUUUACAUUGGAGAAAAGACGCCUACGAGGGGAUAUGAUUCAGGUCUUCAAGUACCUGAAAAAGUUCAAUAACGUCGAUUACUCCAAAUUCUUUGAACUGCAAACCAACUCAAGAACUAGAAAUAACGGUUUACCCAUUCAGUCGAGUCGAUGUAACACAGACAUUGAAAGGAGUUUCUUUUCAAACCGAGUCAUCCGCCACUGGGACAAUCUUCCCUCAGAAGUAGUAAAUGCGAAUACCAUCAACUCCUUCAAAUAUAAAAUCAACCGUCAUUUCGCUGCGUCGGGAGUAAACUGAAUAACGAGGUGCUUUCAUCUGCUCCUCAACCCCCAAGUGGCGGUCGAGCAGAUUAAAUCACCCAAGCGGGCGACCUCGUAAUAAGCCAAUAGGCUUUCUGUUGGCUGCAUUUCCAUGUUUCCAUGUUUCCUACUAUUACUACUACUACUACUACUACUACUGUUCUUAUCUUAUCACUACUGUUUCUACUACUACUACCAUCACCACGACCACUACCACUACUACUACUACUACUACUACCAUCACCACUACUAUUACUACUACUACUACUACUGCUACUACUACGACUACUACGACUACUACUACUACAACGACUGCUACUCAUAAUUACACGUGUGACAUGUAAUUCCCAAUAAAAAAGUCUUAUCAGAGAGAGGAAAAACGGA